AUGGGCAAAAUCAAGAAGGUUGCCAGUCAAAAACAUGAGGCUACAAUUUCGCCAUUCCUCGCAGAAUUUAUCGCCAAUGUCACAAGUCUCCCUGUCCCGGAGGUUCCCUCUCUUCUAAGCACCUUUCCUAAGCUAUGGCCAUUCCCUCGAGGUGACCUUUAUCACUGGAUCAAUGUCUUGGACCGCUUCGAUCAAAUCUUGGCCACGGUCAUCGAGAAAUACUCCCUCAAUACUGGCCCACAAACACAGAUUUUUGGGAGGAUUGCUCUAGAGGACUCGUAUACGGCCGAUGCGAGCAAGUCACCUGCCGAAGGCGUCGAUGCCAAACUAAAUUCUCUAGGAUAUGGGCCUGAAGGUGACCGAGAGCUGGUAGAGGCGAUUCUGGACUUCUCACGUCUACUGUUGGAGAAGUGUGGAAAUCGCAGUCUAUAUAGCAGCAGUGAGCGUUUGGGGGAUCUCUUGAAUACUACUUCCCUUUCCCUCCUCCAGUCGACACUGCGGUUAUCCCUCUGCUUGGCUCAACGAUACCACUCACGUCAACGUGGCUCUCACCAACAGACCAUGUUAGCGACUCAUUACAACAUCGAUUUAGAGAAGCUACUGAAGAUUGCCUCACCUUUCCCUCGUCCGUUCAUUGCAGGUAAACCCCCAUUUUCUGCGUCCCCUGCUGUGUCAGCCAAGGGCAAAGAAAAGGCUGUCCAGACAAAACGCAAUGCCAACGAAUUGGUGUCACUUGUGCGUGACAAUGACGGCUGGGAGGAAUGGGGUAAUGCUCGGGUCCUCUACUACUCAUCAAGUUCUACUGAACAAACUAGUACGACCUCAGAUUUUAGCCAGGGUGAACUUGGCGCUCAUGUCCCGACAACACCCACUCCGCUUCGCCGAAGUGCCACCCAUCACCCUACGCCACAACUGAGCCGCGGGCCCAGUGGAGAAGACUCUCCCGCCGUAAAUGCGACCCCUGGAAGCAAGGCCGAAGAAGCAUCCCGAGGGGGAAAGGUAUUGGAUCUUCCAUACUCGAAGAUUUCUGCCGGGAAGCUGGAAGAUCUUCUUGCCAGUAAUUUACCCCAUCUACCUCUUGAGUCAAAGUAUGAACUGCUCCACAAGGCUCGUGUCGCGCAGGCUUUAUCUGGAUCUCGCGAAACCCGCGAGCAGAUUCUUGGAAUUCGUAUUCUUGCCGUUACCAACCUAGCUUAUGUUCACCCCGAGUCAGCAUUCCAACAGAAGGUUCUUCAAUAUGACUUGGAACAGUCGAAACGCCUUCAGCUGACUUUCCAGCUGACCGAAUUGGUGCAUCUUGGCGCCAGUGGUGAUCUUGAAGUCUCAAGGAAUUUACAGACAUUGGCUAUUCAUGCUCUGGAUGCCUUGGCAAAACAUAAAGCUCGCGCUGUGGAUGUCUGCGCCGCCUUGAGUGUCAAUGUCAACCACGGUGUUCUGAUGUUUUUGACUCGCAAGGUAGUCAAUGAGCUGAGCGUUGAAGAUGAGGGAAUCGAUAAUUCCUAUGAUGAUGAAUGGCGCGAUGCGCUGCUUUCACUCUUGCGUACUCUCCCCAGUUCGAGCUCACGGACCCCCGAAACGCUCGUUGCUGCUGGUCUCAUCCCCAUGUUUGUUGAUAUCCUCAAUCUUCGAACUGAAAAGUCUCGCCGUGUCUACUCUCGGGUCAUGGAGUUCCUUGAUACCUUUGUUCACGCUGUCCGUGAUGCUCUAAGCACAUUGACAACGGCUAAGGGAUUCGAUGCGAUUUCCGCCCUGAUCGAUCAUGAGACCAAGACUGCCUUUGAGAAGGUUUCUGGUGGAGAAGGGUUCCCCUCUCGAUACAAGAACCCAUCUAUUGAUUACCAAAUUCCCUACUUCCAACAGCAAACUCUGCGUUGGAUGUUCCGCUUCGUUAACCACAUCAUGCAACACAAUGGUGGAGGAUUUGACCGCGUUUUGCGAAACCUAAUUGACUCUCCUCAACUUCUUACCUCCUUGCGAUUGGUGUUUGAAAACGCACGAAUAUUUGGUUCGCAUGUAUGGAGCAAUGCAGUCAACAUUUUGAGUAGCUUUAUCCACAACGAACCUACCAGUUAUGCUGUCAUCGCUGAAGCCGGUCUCAGCAAGAGUCUUCUUGCUGCUGUUAUGGGUCGUGAACUCAAGGCAAAAGAAAAGCCACCUGCCAUCGAACCAGAGGGGCCUAGCGAUGAGGCUCAACCCCCAGCUCCAGCGCCUGUUUCUGAACCAAUCUCCCCUACUGAAAGCAAGAACGAAGUUGUUCGCGAGUACCUCAUGGCUCGGCAGCCUGGUACAGAUCUUGCUCCAGGAAUCAUUGCUGCAGCUGAUGCUCUUGCGUGCAUUCCAUCAGCAUUUGGAGCCAUUUGCCUGAACGCAUCCGGUCUCGACCUGUUCCAAUCCUCUGACGCCAUGGAAAGCUUCUUUGAAAUCUUUGAACAGCCGGAACAUGUUAAGUGCCUCAAAGAUGAUCCAAACCUGGUUCGCUCCUUGGGUACCGCAUUUGAUGAACUCGUGCGACACCACCCGGCCCUGAAGACUUCCAUCAUGUCUGCUGUCAUCGUUAUGACCGCCCGUGUUAAUCUUCUCGCCAAAACCAAAGCAUGGAAAUCAGGAUUGGGUGCCAAGCUAUGGACCGAAGAUCCAGAUAACAACACCAAAGCCAUCCUGUCAGGACCUGUCGCUGAUUUGUUCCGUGACAUUGGAGUUGCUGUUGAUGCAUCAAUGGAGGAUCCAGUGACAAUUGGCGUUCCCACUUUAGAUGCGCAUACUCUUCCGAACGGUUCCAAAUUGCUUGUUGGCGACGUGAGCCACUUAUUGCCAUCUGCACAAAGCGACUUCGAGCCAAAGGACCAAGAUGAGCAUGGCCUCACUGUUGCAGACUAUCUUUUCCCUGUCAUUCGAUUCCUCGGCGCCUUCUUUGAAAACCAGCCAAACUGCACAUCUUUCAUUCAAGCUGGUGGAGCGGAAUUUGUUUUGGAUUAUGCAACACUUCAGAGCCUGCCAUAUGGAUUCCAUGGCACAGAUCCGAACCAGGAAUUGACGGUUCUUGUGCACAUGCUUGCUGAAACCAAACCACACCUUGUUAUUCCAUCCUUGGUGGAGCGGGCACAGUCUGCUGUGAACACCCUUUCGGCCUUUUGGGCUGCACCUAAAGAGUCCGGAUUCUUCACGUCAUUCACCAGGCCACUCGAUUCCAAGGCACCUGCACCAGAGGCCACAGAAGCUCUCUCGCAUGGAACCUUCUAUGUGAAGAACCUGAAUGCCGUCCUCGUUCUCACAGACCUACUCCGUGAGAUCUUCGCAUUGCCCCUUUACCAGACUCGACCUGCUCAACAGGUAUCUCCGUUCAGCCAGGUCAAUCUCGCCGACCGUUACUGCAACCUGAUCUCCUCCCUUGGUGAUCUGUUUUCGGCAUGUGUAUGGGAGGCGAUUGUUAAUGAGAAAAAUAACCCGGGUCUUUGGACUCAAGGCAAACAACCACCCCCUGGCAAGCCUUCUCUCCCUGGAGUCGGAGUCUCUCAGGAUUCAACAGAGACCACUGCUGUUGCGACCCAAGUAGAUGGCUCAGGUCCCUCCGAUGGUUCCAAGGCCCCUGCUGCCAAAGAGCCUGAAGGUGCUGAUAAGAAGGUUGACGAAGAAAGCUCUGCUUUCAAGAAUGUUCAGACUCUUCGCUAUCUCUUGGGUGCUCUGCCACUUUCGAUCACAGGCUUCAUGCAUAAUCUUGGCCUUAGCCUUGUCGCCAAGCGGCCUCGUGACUUUUACCAAAAAGGAAAGCAGGGCGCUACCAUGGUUGCCGAGGCUAUCGCCGAUUCUGUUUUACGUGCACUUCAACUUGAUGCACCUAACUCAGGUGCAAGCUCCAAAUACCGCUUCCCUUAUCUCAUUGUCAUCCUCUCUCAGUUUUCACACCUCUUGUAUGAAGCUGGUAGUGAUCGCCCGCAGCCCAACUACUUGACUCUUGUCCUCGUCGCUUUCAAGCGAAGCAACGGGCUCAAGGUGUUGAAGGACAUGUGCGAGAUAUUCAUGCAAGAAGUCAACACUCUCAAGCCAUUGGAACGUGGUGCCGAGACCGAGAAGGAAAUCGCCGACCAGCUCACUGCUGCAAAUGGUGGAAUCAAGAUCAUUCUUGCUAUUUUCACAGAACUCGUUAGCGGUAAAAGCAUUGUUGAGUCUAGCCAGACACAAGCGUUGAUCAGCAACCAUGAUCGGGACCGCGGUCGCUCUGAUUAUUUCCAGCCCGGUCAGUUCCAAGUAGACCUCCGCAUGGAGAUUUUGCCCAUGAUUCAAGACAUGUGGAACUCCGAAUUCGCUACCCAGUCGGAAAGCUUAAUUGUCAAGUUCCUUGUUGACAUUCUUCGUUCAUCACUGGAUGGAGAGUAUGAAUCUGGUGCUGCUAUGAGAUCCGAUACGCCACCUACCGCGACUGAAGUUAUACGCCGACCAUUUGUUGUCAACUCAGACCGCGCAGCAGUGCUCAAAGAGAAGGGCUUCGAAGCUGCUGAUCUGAACGAGGAGGCUCUUUACCGCUGUAACAAUGUUUUGGCUUCCGCUGAAGAAUACUGCAAAGCGCAGGGGUGGCUUCGAGCGCCCCCUAGAUUGCCUCCACUGGCCGCUGAUAUCCAAGCCGGUCCUGCUGAAAACGCCUCGGGUGGUGAGGGUCUCGACGAAGGCCUUCAGAGUGAUACUGCCUUUGCCGGGGAUUCGUUCAUGGACCGCGGGACCCUUGCUAUGCUCCUCGCGCAAGCGACAGGCCACAACGUGGAUUCCCCCUCCCGCUUCAACGCGAAUCUCCCUGAAAGCUUCGACCCUGAAAUGCCUCAGGGGUUAGCUCAGGCCCUUGGUGCUGUAUUCCAAGAUACCGAAUUUGUCAACCGCGAUUCCCGCGGUGAGUCGUCACACCAAGAGCGUCCCUCAUCUGCCCCAGAGCAACCAGAGCCUACCAACGAAUCACAAGAGCCAUCUCGUAAACGCCAGUUCAUUACUGUCGAAGAUCUCGAUGCUGAAAGAGACAAAGUUCGAUCUAACCUGAUUGAACGCUGCCUGGAUGUUCUUAACGUGCACCAUGAUGUAUCAUUUGAGCUUGCGGACCUCAUCUCAUCUGCCAUCAAGAAGCACAAUGAGCCCGAAAGCUUCCGUCGAGACGUUGGAGAAACUCUUGUCCAGUCCCUGGUUUCGCUGCAGAUGGAAAACUUUGAGACGGCCGGAAAAAAGGUCGCCGCCUACGCCCAUAUUCUUGCCCUGGUUCUUCAAGAUCGAGAGAUGUAUGCUGCAACUGUUGAGGAGCUCAAAGAUUGCUUUUCCACUUUCCUGGGCUUUAUCAAACUCCCAACUCCUGAGAAACCUGUCGAUGAAACUUUUCCUUGGGUUGGCCAUGUGUUAUUGAUUCUGGAAAAGUUGCUAUCUGAUGAUUGCCAGCCGCCUCAAAUCACUUGGACCCCACCAACCGCUGAUAACCCCAUUCCCGAUGAGAAGCCAGCUCGGCUUGAGGAUCCACUGGUGUCUCUUGAUGAGAAGACACAGCUUUUUGAGGCCUUGGUUGAAAUUCUACCCCGCGUGGGCAAGGACGACACCCUGGCACUCUCCAUCUGUCGUAUUCUGGUCAUUCUUACUCGAGAACGAAGCAUCGCUGUGCGAUUCGGAGAGAAGCGCAACUUGCAGCGCCUCUUUGUCAUGGUCAAGCAGUUAGCAAGUGCCACCAAUGACAAGCUUCAGAGCUCGUUCAUGUUGAUCUUGCGCCACAUUGUCGAGGACGAAGCUACCAUCCGGCAAAUCAUGCGCAGUGAGAUUGUCACCAACUUCGAGAAUAAAUCGUCUCGCCAAAUCGACACUACUGGCUAUGUGCGACAGAUGUAUCAUCUCGUUCUGAGGGCUCCUGAGAUCUUUGUGGAAGUGACAAAUGAGAAGCUGAGACUGCUUAAAUAUGAACCUUCCCAGCGCCCCCAAGUUCUUGCCUUGAAGGCUGACAAGGAUCGCAAUGCUCGCCUGCGCCAAGAGCAGACCGGCGGGGAAAGUAGCAAGAAUGAGUCCACCGCCGACGAGACUACUGCUUCGGAUGACAAGGAUAAGGAUAAGAGCCAAGGCAAGAACAACGAGCUUAAGGCGCCUGUGGUUGAGAACCCAGAUGGUGUUAUCCACUACCUUUUAUCAGAGCUUCUCUCUUACAAGGACGUCGAUGAUAAAGAAGUCCCGACGGAAGCACCAGAGCGACAAUCUACCGACCGACCUGAGGAUCAACCGUCAACUGACGUCGAGAUGUCCGUUGAUGCAGCUUCACCUUCCGUGUCAAGCGUCGCCGAUGCCCAGUCGAGUCGCACACCUGCCAAGAAGGGCGAGAAGCAGCCAUUCAACGCUGAGGAACAUCAAAUCUACAUUUACCGAUGCUUCCUGCUUCAAUGUCUGACCGAGCUUCUGUCAUCCUACAACCGCACUAAAGUUGAGUUCAUCAACUUCUCGCGGAAGGCUGAUCCUCUUGCCUCCACGCCAUCCAAGCCACGCUCCGGCAUUCUCAACUACCUUUUGAAUGCGCUUGUUCCCCUUGGAACUAUGGACCAUGAUGAUUCUUUGGCCUUCAAGAAACGAAGCAUGACCUCGACUUGGACUAUGCAGGUCCUCGUUGCUCUAUGCACCAAGACCGGUGAAAAUGGUGGCCCUGUUAGACGCCGCGGCGAGCCAAAGCGCAUCGAAGAGGAUGAGCCGGAACUUGCUUUCGUUCGCAGGUUCGUUCUGGAACAUGCUAUUCGAUCCUACAAGGAUGCAAACGCUUCAACUGAGCCCUUGGACGCGAAGUACUCGAAGCUUAUGUGCCUUGCCGACCUUUUCGACAAGAUGCUCAGCGGUUACUCCUAUUCUCAGGAUGCAGGCUUCCCAUCUUCAAACAAACAACUUGCGAAGACAAUGUUUGAGAAACACUUUAUUCCAGCGUUGACUGCCUCUGUUGCCGAUAUUGACCUCAAUUUCCCUUCAUCCAAGCGCGUCAUCAAGUACAUUUUGCGCCCCCUAAAUAAACUCACUCAAACUGCUGUGUACCUCAGCGAGAACUCUGAUAUCGCCAACCUGGGUGAGGCCGAUGACGAUGAUAUAUCUUCUGCAACCUCGGUCUCUGACACGGAUGAUGACCGGGAAGAGACUCCUGAUCUUUUCCGCCACUCUACUCUUGGAAUGCUGGAGCCCCGUCACGACGAGGAAGAAUCUAGCACCGAAGAGUCGGAAGGUGAGGAUGAUGAAAUGUACGAGGAUGAGUACGAUGAAGAGAUGUACGAUGAUGAAGAUAUGAUUGAGGAUGACGGGGAAGUUGUCAGCGACGAAGACGAAGAGGAUGUUGAAGGCAGAGGUCCCAUCGAAGGUCUCUCGGGUGAUGCUGUCGAAGUCAUUAUUGAUGACGAUGAUGAUGAUGACGACGACGACGAAGAUGACGAUCAUUCUGAUAUGGACGAUGAUGACAUGUUUGUCGACGAGAUCACUGGUGAUCAUGACAACGAGAGUCUGGGAGAAGGGCAAGAGGACGAAUGGGAAAGUGAAGAAAUGACUGAAGACGAAGAAGAGGCUGAGAUGAUGAACCAGUUUGAGGAUGAACUGGCUGAUAUCCAUCAGUCAUCCAACCCACCGCCGCACUCUGCUAAUAACCGUAUUGGUGAACUUUUCCGUGCUCUCAACGACGCUGCCGCCGGUGGUGUUCCCGAUAUUCAUGCAAAUGGCCUGGGAAUGAACGUUCACGAUGAAAUUCUGGAUGACUUGGUUGAUGAAGGAGAGGACGAUGAGGAUAUGGAUGACAUUGACGAUGAGAUGGAUGACUACGAUGACUAUGAUAUGGACCAGGGCUCCGAGGGAGAUAUGGAUGGUAAUUGGAACCCCUAUGACUUAUUAAUGAUGCCAGGCUCGUUAACAUCACGUUCUCAAGAUGAAGAUCUCCUCGAACCUUGGGGCUGGGAAGGCGAUGAGCCCCCACCUCCCCGACCCCAUGUCUCUCGCUUCCGUGGCGGUGCACCACCCGCUUGGGCUACUGUCACUGAAAUCAUGCCUGGACGCCACGGUGGCCUCGUACCGCUGCAACCCUAUCCCCGCGUCCAUCGAAACCAGAUGCCCCCCCGUGGCAACGAUGAUGGUACCAAUCCUCUCUUGCUGCGCAAUGACGUUGGUGUCGAUCCCUCUGCUCCGCGUCUCGGACCGGCCGGCAACGAUCCGUUCUCUGGUGAAUGGAGUCAAGUUGAAGGUGGUGGUCGCAUGCUUUCCAUGGAUAGCCCCGUCAGCUUCAUGAACGCUAUAAUGCAAGCUAUUAGUGGACAAGCUACUCCUGGCCUUGGUGUCAUCUCUCGCCCUGAUGGUUUCCAUGUCCAUGUUGACCGUCGAACUUUGCCGGGCCGUAUUCAAGACAUGUUCAGCUCUAUCGCUCGUCCUUCUAAUCCUGCUGCGCGCAGCCGGGAUGAUCCAAACAAUGCCGUCAAAUUUACCUUGUCGACAACAAGAAACCGCUGGCAAGAAGAAGCUCGCCUCCUGUUCAGCAACGGUUACGUGGAAAAAUCGCAGCGUGUUCUCAAUUCUCUCAUGAAAGUCAUGGUUCCUCCUGCUAUCGAGGAAGGAAAGCAAAACCAGAAGAUCGAAGAGGAAAAGCAGAAGCGCCUUCGCGAGCAACUAGUUGAGAAGGAACGCCAGGAGCGUAUUGCCCGAGAGGAAGAAGAGCGCGAGAAGAAGCGCAAGGAGGAGGAAGAGAAUUCUAGGCUAGAAGCUGAAAGAGAGCAACUGGAAGCUGAGCGACAACUGGCUGGUGUUGAUGAACCCAUGGAAGAUAUUCAACAGACUGAUAAUUCAGCUGAGCCUGUCGCCAACUCAUCUGCUCAACCCGAGCCUGAAACUGCUCGAGCAGUCGUCCACACAACUAUUCGGGGCCGGCAGGUUGAUAUCACUGCGUUGGAAAUCGACCCCGAGUACCUAGAAGCUCUGCCAGACGAGCUCCGAGAAGAGGUAGUUAUGCAGCAACUCGCCGAACACCGAUCUCAAGCCGCUGCCGCUGGCGAAGAUACCGAGAUCAACCAGGAAUUCCUGGAAGCCUUGCCUGCCGAGAUUCGUGACGAGUUGCUGCAGCAAGAAGCUGCCGACCGCCGCCGUCGAGAGCGGCAUGAUCCCGCUCGUCGACAACAACCGCCUGCUGGUUCUACUGCACCGCGUGCUGAGGAUAUGGAUGCCGCUAGUUUCCUUGCGACUCUCGAUCCCUCUUUGCGUCAAGCCGUGCUCGCUGAUCAACCGGAAGAAGUGCUUGCUGGGUUAGGCCCCGAGUAUCUAACGGAGGCACGAGCUCUUGGUGGUCGUCGUAUUGCCCAGUUUGGUGACCUUGUUGGGGGAAUGGAGCACCGUCCGAGAAACGAGCCUGCUACGGAUCAAGAACCUAAGAAACCCCAGAGACGCCAAAUUGUCCAGAUGCUUGACAAGGCUGGCGUGGCUACUCUUCUGCGCUUGUUAUUCAUGCCUCUUCAGGGUAAUGCACGCAAUCAGUUCCACGAGAUUGUCUACAAUGUCUGUCAGAAUCGUCAGAAUCGUGGCGAGGUCAUCAGCCUUAUCUUGUCUGUCUUGCAAGAUGGUAGUACUGAUUCUUCCGCCAUCGAGCGCAGCUUUUCUCACCUCUCGCUUCGUGCUAAGGCUCCUAGUUCUCAGAAGACUCCACAGUCUGGCAAACAGCGUAACGUUGCUCUGCCGACCUCUAGCAUCAGCAACGAUGUGACACCAACAAUGGUCGUACAACAGUGCCUCGCAACCUUGUCCUCUCUGUCCGAGGGUAGUCCUCACAUUGCUUGGUUCUUCUUGACUGAGCAUGAUUCCACGUCCUCGCUCAAAUUGAAGGCUUUCCGAAAAGGAAAGGGCAAGGAGGGUCGAGCCAACAAAUUUGCUCUGAACGCUCUCCUUUCGCUUCUUGACAGAAAGUUGAUCAUGGACAGCCCUAAUUGUAUGGAGGCGUUGUCUACUUUACUUGGCAACAUAACUCAACCGCUCACUGUUCUGCUCCGUCGUGAAAAGGAAAAGCAAGAAGAAGAAAAGGGCAAGAAGGCCGAGGUCGAGGCAGCCCCUGUUGAGGAGACUUCGAAUGAACAAAAUCAAUCCGCUCAGGCCACGGAAUCUGGCACGGACACCACCAUGACAGAUGCUCCCCUGCCCACCGUUGAGACGGCCGAGGGACAAUCCGCCGAGGAUGUGACAGAUGACAAAGAAGAGACCAAGGAAGCCGGAGGGGAUGAGAAGCCUGCUGAAGAAGAGAAGCGCAAACGCAAGAGCAUUGAGCCUCCUGUUGUCCCUGACCAUAACUUCCGCCUGGUCGUUCACAUUCUUGCAGCUCGCGAAUGUAACGGAAAAACUUUCCGUGAAACCCUCUCUACCAUCAACAACCUUUCUGCGAUCCCUGGUGCUCGUGACGUGAUUGGCAAUGAGCUCGUCAGCCAAGCACAGUCCCUCAGUGAUAUUAUUCUUGGGGACCUUGAGGAGCUACUUCCUUACAUCCACCAAUCCAAGACUGGAACAGACAUGCAAGGCUUAGCCUUGGCCAAGUUCUCUCCAGCCAGCUCUGAUCAGGCGAAGCUGCUUCGAAUACUCACCGCGCUCGAUUAUCUGUUCGACCCAACUCGUGUUGACAAGUCUAAGGGAAGCGAGCCCGAAUCUGCUCCCAAGGAAGAUGUCCUCAAGAGACUGUAUGAGAGUGCCACUUUCGGUCCUCUCUGGACGAAGCUGAGCGACUGCCUGACUGUCAUUCGCCAGAAAGAGAACAUGCUGAACGUGGCUACUAUUCUCCUACCCCUGAUCGAAGCAUUGAUGGUUGUUUGCAAGAAUACCACCCUCAAAGACCAACCGGUCUCUCGUGGCAGCCGCGAGCUUUCUGUCAACAGUGCCUCGGCUGACGCCGGUCUUAGCAUGGAGAAUAUCUUUUUCAAGUUCACUGAGGAACACCGCAAGAUUCUUAACGAGCUUGUUCGGCAGAACCCCCGCCUGAUGAGCGGCACAUUCUCUCUGUUAGUGAAGAACCCCAAGGUUUUGGAGUUUGAUAAUAAGCGCAAUUACUUUACUCGUCGCGUUCACUCCCGUGGUGUCGAACCUCGUCACCCUCAUGCUCCCCUCCAACUCUCUGUGCGCCGAGACCAAGUCUUCCUUGAUUCGUUCAAGUCUCUGUACUUCAAGAGUGCCGAUGAGCUCAAGUAUGGCAAGUUGAACGUCCGUUUCCAUGGUGAAGAGGGUGUCGAUGCCGGUGGUGUCACUCGGGAAUGGUUCCAGGUCCUUGCCCGUGGCAUGUUCAACCCCAAUUACGCUCUCUUCAUUCCCGUUGCUGCCGACCGGACUACUUUCCACCCCAACCGUUUGAGUGGUGUCAAUUCCGAACAUUUAAUGUUCUUCAAGUUCAUUGGCCGAAUCAUCGGCAAGGCUCUUUACGAGGGUCGUGUUCUAGACUGCCACUUCUCUCGUGCCGUCUACAAGAACAUCCUUGGACGUUCUGUGUCCAUCAAGGACAUGGAAACGCUUGACCUAGACUACUACAAGUCCUUGCUCUGGAUGCUGGAGAAUGAUAUUACGGAUAUCAUCACCGAGACCUUCUCCAUCGAGACAGAUGCCUUUGGUGAGAAGCAGACAAUCGACCUUGUUCAUGACGGUCGCAACAUCCCAGUCACCCAGGACAAUAAGGAGGAGUAUAUUCAGCGUGUGGUUGAGUACCGUCUGGUGGAGUCCGUCCGAGAACAGCUUGACAACUUCCUGAAAGGCUUCCAUGAAAUCAUUCCUCCUGAUCUCAUUUCCAUUUUCAACGAGCAGGAACUGGAGCUCCUAAUCUCUGGUCUGCCCGAAAUUGAAGUUGAUGAGUGGAAGAACAACACCGAGUACCACAAUUACUCCGCCUCGUCACCACAGAUCCAGUGGUUCUGGCGUGCCGUUCGUUCAUUCGACAAGGAGGAGCGUGCCAAGUUGUUGCAAUUCGUCACUGGUACUUCUAAGGUGCCUCUGAACGGGUUCAAGGAACUAGAAGGCAUGAACGGAGUGAGCAAGUUCAAUAUCCACCGCGAUUAUGGCAACAAGACUCGUUUGCCCAGCUCGCACACAUGUUUUAACCAGCUUGAUCUUCCCGAAUAUGAAAGUUAUGAAGAUCUCCGUCAACGGCUUUACACCGCGAUGACAACUGGUGGCGAGUACUUCGGUUUCGCAUAG